AUGUUUUAUUUCCUGGCGAAUAAACUCCACCAUUUAUAUCCAAAAAUCAAGGAGUGCUCUUGGAAUUAUUGGGAGUCUGGACACGGCAAGGGUGCUCCAGAUGGUGUUGGUGGAGUCACAAAGCGAACCGCUGAUAGGCUUGUGGCUGAAGGAAAAGAUAUAAGUUCAUAUGAAAUCCUUCUUAAUAGUCUGCAGAAUAAUAUCAAAAACAUAACCUACUUUUCAAUUGACGAUGCAGAUAUAAAUAAAAUCAGUGAUUUAAUCAAGAAGGACAGCAUAAAGCCUUUUCUCGGCACAAUGCAGGUGCAUCAAGUCAAAGUUGAGGAUUACACUGCAGGACUGUUAAGAUUUUUCAGGUUGACCUUAUUUGAUGUUCAAAGUACGAGUUAUUUUUGUGGAAUCUUAGAUUACUCUGAUGAAGACAAUGGAUACACCCAGAUAGAGCCAGAAGUUAGCAGCGACUCUGAUGAUGAUUUGCGAUUAAGUAACCUUGUUUGUCAUAAAAAGAAGAUGCAAAGAAUUCAUUACAAUGACGUCUACUCUGAUGAUGAAGCCGGCCCAAGCUCAAAAAUAUAUCAACAAGAUUUGGUGCCAAGUAACAUUAUAAAAGAUACUUAUGUGCUUGUUGAGUAUAAAACAAAACUAACAGGUUAUCGUUAUGCAGCAGUUGUCCAAAACGUACUUGAUGAUGACGAAGUUUUGGUGAUGUUUUUGAAGGUGUGCAAGUUCCAGAAUAUGCAAGCAUUUAGAGCUAAUGAUAAUGAUAUGUCCUUUGUCGGUUAUGAUCAGAUACUUGCGAUUCUACCACCACCGAAUAUUUUUGUCAAAGUAAAUAAAACAUAUUAUAAAUUCCAUAACGAUGUGGACGUGUUCGAAAAGGUUUGA